AUGACCCCAAAUUUAGCUUUCAAUAUUUGUAUGAUUGUAAUAUGGGGUAUUCUUUUAGCAUGUCAAAUAGUUCAAGUCAUAUAUAAACAAUAUUGGUUCUCUACUGCUUUCAUCUGUACAGGGAUCCUGGAAGUAUUAGGUUAUAUUGGUAGAACAUGGUCGCAUUCAGAUACUUCGUUAAUGGACCCUUUCUUAUUAAAUAUGAUUUGUUUGACUAUCGCUCCCGUAUUCACAAUGGGUGGUAUCUACUAUCAACUCGCUAAACUAUUAGAAGUCUACGGCGCAAAAUUCGGUCAAUGGCCUCCAAUUAUUUAUUCUUAUGUAUUUAUUGCAUCUGAUAUUGUGUCAUUAGCUAUUCAAGCAGCUGGUGGUGGUACUGCAGGUAUGGCCGUCGCUGAUAAAAAAGGUACUAAAGAAGGUACUCAUAUCUUUGUUGCAGGUCUGGCGUUACAAGUGUUCUCAAUGUUAGUAUUCAUGUUUCUAUGGUUCCAUUUCUUAUACCAAAUCUUCAUUAAGACAAGAAUACAACAUGCCAAAGUUUCAAAAUUCUCAUGGUCUCUAUUAAAGAUUCCAUCUGAAGAAAUCGAUUAUCUAUAUAAACCAAAAUAUAGAAACAUGAGAGUCCCAAGCAGAAUCCCUUUCAAAUAUUUCACUCUGGCAAUGACAGGGGCCGUGUUGACUAUUUUCACUCGUUGUGUCUAUCGUCUUGCGGAAUUGGCAGAAGGUUGGGAAGGUAACUUGAUUACUCACGAAUGGUACUUCAUCAUCUUAGAUGCGGUGAUGAUGUCGAUCGCUACAAUUUGUAUGACGGUGUUUCAUCCUGGGAUGGCAUUUGAGGGACGUACCCAGUCUAUACCAAUUGCUAAGACCCAUAAAUUCAGGAAAUCAAAAAAGAAAUCUUCAGAGACCGCAUUUGAUCAUGAUAUUGAGGCUGGCGAUUUGAAUACAAAUGGUGGUAGUGACUUGGCCGAUUUGGUUGGAGGUCAGGAUGAUGACGAUUUGGACAAUUCCUCUUGGAAUAAUACAGAUAGUAAUGAAAAAACAGAUACUAAUUAUGCUAUCCCGAUUGUCGAAGAUAAUAAAACCGCUGUAUCUGAUGGUUCCAACAAUGUUUCAAACAAUAAACAAUCUGGUUUGAAAUCAAAACUAUGGCCUUUCAAUAAAUAA